AUGACAAUGAGUGAUCACACAAGCGAAGAGACAAAAGUGUUGUUUUUCAACUAUCAUGAGUUCAGUGAGACGUACUAUGCCGACAUGAACAAUCCUGCCUUGCCUCAAGAACAUGAUAAAUCGGAAGCAUUGAUAAUUACGCAUUUCCCGAACGUGUAUACUCCCCAAAACACACCAUUGUUCAAAGAGACUCGUAUUGUCAGAGUCCCACGGCGGUUCGAAGAGUCUGUCCGGUAUCCCAACUUCAGCGAGCUGUUGCCCGGAUUAGAACCAGCUGCAAUCGUUGGUGACGACAAUGCCAGCACCGGUAAAUCUCCUUCACAACAUACAUUUAUUGCACGAGGAGUCUACGAUGACGGACAGGUCUUCGGUACUACUUCUACAAGUCCGUUAAGUCUCUAUUUCACACCUGAACAAUUCCGAGACAUUGUUCACGAAAUCAAUAUUUUACUGGAAGAGGAAUACCAAGUGUUUUCGUGGUGGAAUAUCACUGAUAUUAUUUUCACCAUAGUCACGUUGGGAAUGUGGAUAUGGUUCUCGGACAUAUUACAGACUGUAAGGGCAUCACCACCAUCCAUGCAUAGACGAAAACUUGAUUUACACAUCGAACAACUGAACGAGUCGCCACUCUUGGCAAGUCAACGGGUUCAAGUGAUGCAUCCCAGUCGGUCAGGCUACUUAUCACUGGACUUUCAGAUCCCCAAGCCGGUUGCCUAA